AUGAGCGCGGAGGUGUUACUGUCUCAGCCGCAUUAUGAUAGCGGAGCGAUGGCUCAAGGGGCCCUGCAGGAGCAAGGGGCCCCUUUCGAGACGUCCUCGGGCUUAGCCUCCGCAGGCUUCCGCUCCGCUAAGUACACUCCAGCCGAGUGGUUCAGCGGCUACCGCAGCCUCCUCCAGCAGGCGGGCGCCGACCAUCAGGCGGCCCAGAACAUCCAGGAGGAGUCCAGGCAGAUGCGGAAUGACACGGAGGCCACCACCAUGCAGACCCAGACCGAUGGGACGCGCCUGCUGGGAGAGAGGCUGCAGGACAUCCAUCGCUGGAAGUCGGAGCUGCAGGAGCACAUUAAUCGGCUGCUGUCCGACACGACGGCCCUGCUGGCGCUCAAGUUGAGGCUGGAGAAGGCGCUGGACGCCACCGAGACUCCCUACGCGAUCGCCGUCGAUAACCUGACCUGCCGGAGCCGACGACUGGGCCCGGACCUUGUCCGGGACUGUGUGGAGGAGGAGCUGUACAAGGAAGUGGACUUGAUCAAGAAUGUCCAGGCCCUUCUGCAGAGAACCAUUGCCCAGGUGACAACUCAGAUUAAGUUAAAUCGAGAUGCUAAGCAGGCGUUAGAGUUUGACUGGUCAGAUAAGUAUGAGGCCUACGCCUUGGACCUCAAAUGCGGAAGAUUCACAAACAAGAGUACAGAUACGCAGCACCAUGGCAUUUCAGCUGCCAUGAUGGAGCAGAUGUCUAAUGUCCCUUCAUGGAUAAAGUUCACACAGGACAACCUUUACAGGGCCUUCCGGGAGGAAAAGGCCUCUAAAGAUCUCAGGCUAUUGGGGCAGCAGGUGCUACUCGAUACCACUAAGGACCUGAGAGUCCAGUGCUCCAAUGUGGACCAAGCUUUCCUCCAGCGUUGUGGUGAACAGAUGGAUGCCAAGAUCCAGCUAGAGAUGCAGUUCAAGCAGACCUUGGAGCAGAUUGGAGCUCAGGAGAGGAACAUAGUGGCUCUGCAGAAGGCCAUUGACGAUAAAGAUGCCCCACAGAGAGUGGUUGAGUCCAGGCUGUUCCAACGCUUUCGCAGACCCAACAUGGAGCUGUGCAGGGAUGAACCACAGAUUAGCUUGGAAGGGGAAGUGAGGGAGAUAGACGAGACCCUUGCGUCGCUGCACCAAGAGCUGAGGGACGCCCGCAACUCGCUAGCCAACCUGGAAAAUGAUCGCAUGGCACUCGAGAAGGACAUAAAGUGUAAAUCCUAUUCGCUGUUCAUCGAAAGGGAGAAAUGCAUGACUCAACGCAAAUUGUAUCCGACAAUAUCCAAACUUUCAGGGUACUGA